AAAAGUCACCCACGCGCGCGUGUUCGCUCAACCUCUGCGCAUCAUUAUUAACCAAAAACGCAGGUGAUAACUCUUCGGUUGUCAAUCAGCACCUACCAGUCGAUACCAAAUUAACUUCUUCUCCAGGUCGACCACUAACACUAACUAUGCGGUUCACAUUUGGUUUUCGCGGUCAAAGCCCGUGAACCGGCGCGUCUUCGCAAAUGUCCUGAGAGUCGUGGUCCGGGUCCGUGUGAUAUCAUCCCCCUUCCCACUCCGAAGAUGAUCCUAGAGCAGUAGGUAUAAAAGACCGGGGAUGCUUCCGAGACGGUAUCAGUCGCAAGUUUUCUAGUCGAUCGUCUUUAGCUGCGAACCGCCCUGUCUCUCAAGCUUUGAAAAUGUACAACAAACUGUUCAUCGCCUCCCUCCUGGUGGUCGGUGCCGUGGCCCCUCCUCCCCCCUCUUCGGACGCCGAAGCGACCGUCCUGGCCCAGGAUCAGAUCAUCAACGACGACGGCAGCUACGCGUACAACUACGAAACCAGCAACGGAAUCCGGGCCAACGCCCGCAGCGACAACGGCAUCAACGCCAACGGAGAGUACUCCUUCGUAGCGCCGGACGGUGCCGAGUACCGCGUGACGUACGUGGCCAACGAGCAGGGAUUCCAGCCCCAGGGUGCCCAUCUGCCGGUGGAGCCCCCAGCGCCCGAGCACGUCAUCAAGAUGCUGGAGGAUCUGCGCGCCACCAACAACCCCGAGUUCGAUCUGGCCUCGCUGGACGCCACCAUCGCCCGGUUGAAGGCCACCCUGGGUUAAGAAGGAGAGAAUUGGACGCGGUCACGACCGUUCCGGAGCGGUGGGCGGAACGGAAGUUUUGUACAUAUUUCAAACGAGACGGGAUGAUUAGUGCAAUUUAAAUUGAUAUUAGUAUGUUAAGGCAAAUAUAGCAAAGAUCGUAUAGAUUGAAA